CUCUGGCCACACUGGGUCGAAACCUUAACGAAACUGGCUGGUUGCGGGUCGAGUGUUUAUUAAUUUUUAAGCGAUUUUCGCAGACUAACUUCACUUCGCCGGAAUUAGUUAGUCAUAAAUUAAGGGCUGGCCGGCCCGAAAAGCACUUCUUUUAGAAAUUGGUGUAUUACACCUGAAAUCCGUGAAACCCAGAUACUAAAAGAAAAGUGAGACGAAAAGCGAAUAUACACAAAUAAGCUGGCAAAUUGAAAAGAAAAGUUCUAAAUUAACAAAUAAAACAGCAAAAUUAAAGCCAAGAAUCGGAGGAAAAGCCCACUGCUGUCUGUGCGGCGGCGUCUCAGUGAACUUUCCGUUUUUCCGAUCCGCGACGAGGGUGGAAAACGCGUGAAAAACCGAAACGAAAAUCCUGCGUGUGUGUGUGCAAAUAAUGUGAAUUAAAAUCGCCUGGUAAAAUAAAAAAGUUUGCCAAAAAAUAAAAGGUAGAGGACGUGGAAAAUGGGCAGAAAGGCGGAGUGAAAGAUGGGCGACUAUUAGUGCGGGAGCAGCUUCAAAAUCCAGUUUCGGGCUGCAAGGCGUGUCAGGAUUGAAAUCGAACCACCACCAACACAAUCAGCAACAACAGCAAAAACAGCCGCUUUGAGCCAAUUUUGUUGGCCCUUUUCGUGGUUAUUCCUGUUUGACUUCAUUUUCACCCAGCUUUCGCCGCAGAAUUUUGCAUUUCGGAAGACAAAAUGUCGACGCGCUCGCAAUUAACCAAGGACCUCAACGAAAGCGUCAAAUCCAUUCUGGGUCGCCACACAAAGAUACUCGUCAAGUAUAUGGUCAAAUUGGAGACGAAAGGCGAUAAGACGGAGAAUCGUGUUCUGGUUUUUACCCCCGUGAGGGUCUAUCUGCUCAGUGCCAAAGUGCCCACCAAGAUCGAAUGCCAUUUCCACUACCUGGACAUUGUGGGAGUCGAGAGCAAGAAGUCCACCCAUUUCUCCAUUGUCACCAACGAUCGGCCAUACUCGUUUGUCACCACCGGCGAUGCGGGCAAUUUCAGCUCGAACGCUGAUGUCAUUCUGACCGAUCUGGCCUCGGCCAUCAAGCAGAUAUUCCCGACAGUUCCUCUAAAGUACAUCAUCCGAAAGAUCGAUAUACAGCCACCGGAGCGGGAGAUCAUUUUCUCCGAGGAAUUCCGACCCUCCGAUCCCCGAAAUGUGGGUCCUUGUGGGGGAUUCAGUGCCCAGUACGCCUGCAUGUGCGACUUCCAUGGAGUUCCGUAUCGCGAGGAGGUGGCCUGGGAUGUGGACACCAUCUACCUGUCCCACGACACGCGAGUCCUCAACCUGCGCGACUUUGACCACCUGGAACCAAAAGACUUGAUGGCCAUUGUUUCGGCGCUGGAAUACAACACGUUUUUUCGUGGCCUGAAGGCUGCCCACAUGCGAUUGUCCCACGAAACCCUGGAACGCAUCCUGCAUGUCCUCAAGCGUUCGAUGUGGCUGGAGGAGCUGCAUCUGGAGGCAUUGGGUUUGAGAUGGGAUUUCCUUAACAAGUUAUCGAUAUCUGUGAUAACGAAUAGCAAUCCCGCCAUUCGCACCAUCGAUCUGAGCCACAAUAUAAUUGAGGAUAAAGGUGCCAUCCAUCUGGCAGGACCCAUAGCAAAGGUGUCCAAGGGCCUGUGCAAAUUGGCCUUGGCCCACUGCGGAUUAACUUCGAAGGGAGUCAACCAGAUGUCGCACUCGCUGACGCUCAAUCAAAGUAUUUCCAACUCGCUCACGUAUCUAGACCUAAGUGGUAAUAGUCUCAAAGAUGAUAUAACCAAUCUGCACAAUUUCCUGGCUCAACCCAAUGUGCUGGAGCACUUGGAUCUGGCCUCGACUGACAUCACGCUGGAGAACUUGUUCGGAGCUCUGUUGCGCGGCUGUGCCACGCAUUUGGCCCACCUGAAUGUAUCGCACAACUCGUUCAGCACCAAGAAGGGCAAGGAGAUCCCGCCCUCGUUCAAGCAGUUCUUCACCAGCACCUUCAGUUUGAAGCACCUCAACAUCGCUGGCUGCAAACUACCCAUGGAGGCGCUGAAGAACCUGCUCCUUGGUCUGGCCUGCAAUGAAUCCACUGCCGGACUUUACCUCGAUCUCAGCAGCAACACGCUGGGCGCCCAAGGUGCCCAUGUGCUGGAGUCCUGCAUCCAUGGCGUGCGAGUGCUGCAGAGCCUGGAUAUAAGCGAUAAUAAUCUGGAUGCUGAGUUGGCAUCCGUGCUGACGGCCAUUUCGAAGAACCCUUCGAUCCGAACGCUUCACCUCACUCGCAGCCUCACGGGCAUGAAGCCGAAGUACAUUCCACCCGUAAUGGACGCCCUAGUGAACCUCAUCCAGAAGGACGACUUCCCGCUGGCCGAGCUGGUGCUGUCAGAGAACAAACUGAAGCACGACUUGCACGACUUUAUCAACGCGCUGGGCAGCAACCAGAGUCUCCAGAAGCUGGACAUCAGUGGCAACUUCAUGGGCGAUGUGGGCGCACGCCUGCUGGCCAAAGCUCUGCAGAUCAACAACAGGCUGCGCACCAUUUACAUGGACAAGAACGGGGUGACGCUGCAGGGCUAUGCGGAUAUAGUGUACGCACUGGAGCACAACCACAGCAUGCGCACCAUUCCCUUCCCCGUCUUCGACAUCGCUCCGCAUCUGAAGAGCCAUCCGGACAAGACGGAUGCGGUGAUGCGGAAGAUGCAGGAGCUGCUGCAGCGCAACUGCAACGGACUGAAGCGGACCACCGGCCAGGGAUUCCGGCUGCAGCACGGCUUCAUGCUCUCAUCCACGCACCAGCUGGUGGACAAGUUGGUGGCCGAGACCCAGGACACCAUCUCGCUGGCCAAGGGAGGCAGUGAGUCCGCCUCGGCGGUGCAGCGAUUGAUAACCGAUGCCGAGAACUGCAAGCAGCUGAUGCCCAAACUUCAGGAGGCCGUUCGCAACGACAGCCACCCCAUCGAGAUGAAGCUGACCCGAGUGGCCAGCGAGCUGGGCUACACGAUCAAGAGCUAUCUGGAGGAGACGCUCGAGACGAUGAUGCGCACCGGCAUCGAGCAGUGUCCCAAAACACUGGGCAACCAGAUCGUGGUGCAGGAUCUUCGCAAGGCUCUCGCCGAGCGUCUGGUGGUGCCGGAUGAAUUCCUGCAGGUCUGCCUACUCAACAAUGCGGGCAGCGAGAUCAUGAACAAAGUUGGUGAGAUCGAACAAUCCCUGGCCGCCGCCAUCUCGGAUCGGGCCACAGAUGAGGUGCUCGAGGCCCUGACGCGCUACCGCCGUGGCAUGGGCAUCGCGGAGUCGCCAUCGGUGCUGCUGGACGAACCGCAGACGCCGGACAUCGUGCGCAGUCGCUCCAGCCAUGAUGCGGAUGGUUUGAUCAUACGACCGGGUGGACGAGGCUCGAUACUGCCCAAACUGGGCUUGGAAUCGCCCACUAAAUUGGAAUAUCUCAACCUUGCCACUCCGCAUCUGCCCACCAAGCGGCGCAGUCUGGCCAAGAAGGUGCGUCCACAGUCCGUGGUGGAGAAUCUCAGCCUGGGCCACUUCCCCGACCUGCUGGAGUCGCCCUCCUCGCAUCGCUCCAGUUCCCAGUUGUCCGCUCGGGCAGCUGCAGGUGCCGCCGCCUUGGCGGGAGCCACCAACAUGACCGACAGCAUCGCGGCCAUCGACGACGGGGGAGUGGACGAGUGCUGCGACUCGAUCACCGAGCUGCCCAGCGCUUCGUUCCAGCUGCAGCACCUGGUCAAGGGCCGGCCGAAGCGGGCCAAGACGCGUGCUCCCACCCGGCCGUUGGUCACUGCCGAGUGUGCCGGUGGGAGUCGGGAGAUCGGCGAGGGAUUGGAGCACUUCUUCCGUCCCGGAUCGGUGACGCCCACCACUCUGACUCCUCUGGUUUCGCCCACCUCGGAGGAAUGCAGCUCGCUGUCCUUCGUGGACAGUCCUACGAUGAGCCGCGAUGGCAACGGACACAUGACCUCCGAGGAGACCACACCCAUUCUGGAGGAGCGCCGACCAAUCAAAUUGGAGCGCCAGUCACCAUUGCUCAAGAGUGCCUCAUGGGCUACACGCUCCCGCUCUACGGACAAUUUGGAGAAGUAUUCGCCGCUGGUGGGUCGUAAAUCGCCGUUGGUCAAGAUGCGAACAGAAGGCGGACCUGGUUCGGGAACUGCUGGUGGAGCUGAGGAGACAGCCGCGGCCAGCUCUAACCUUCUGAAGGCAAACAACCGCGAGGACAAAACCCGUUCGCCCAGCAGCGACUCGAUCAAAAGCCAUGCCACCGGCGAGGGUAGUGUGAUUGUGAAGACGGGCAAUGGCAUCCUGCGAACUCCCAUUGUGCUGCAGAAGCCCCGACCCUGGUCGGUUGUUGGCAGCGAGCCAAAGGCAAGCGGAGACCUUAUAACAGGCAACGGAAACGCCGACUCCAGCAAGACCACGCCGGAAAAAGUGGAGGAAGAUGAUGUCGAGGUAGUGACCUUCGGGACGAGCUGCGGUGGCUCCAUUGUGGGCAUCACGCCGGGAAUAGCCUUAACAGCGGGUGGCGGUGGUAGCAUUGUGGGCAUUACACCAGGAGCUGCCCUAGAGAAGAAGUCUGUGCGAGAACUAGCAGCGGGACUCAAUAGACUGGAACUCCCCCUCAAGCCGCCCGUAAUGCCCAGAACCCUGCUGAACGCAGCAAAUGCCCGCACGAGCACCUCCUCGACGGGGUCCACCUCCAACGGUGGGUCAGUCACCUCAUCCACCUCGACCUCAAGCACAACGACGACAGUAUUAAACCAGAGCCAGACGCGAUCGAGGAUCGUCAGCUCGACGAGCAGCACUGGCAGCACCGAGACCAUCACAGAGCACAGCAGCAUUAGCAGCUCGUCCAGCAGCCACGAGAAGCAGCAUGCCAAGGCCUGCGCGAGUCUUAUUAGCAACGAGAUCCUGAGCAUGCGCAACGGUCAAUUGGGAGCCAAGUCGGGAAGCUGUGCAGAGAGCGGCGGCGUGAAGCGGAUCGCGGGAAAGGAGAUCUCAACUCUAUUCGAGGAGACAUUAGUUGAAGAACUGCAGCAGAGCAUGGCGAACAGGCGCGUGUUUAGAGACUCGCCCUACACAAAGGAGGAUAUCGUUGAUUUAUAGGUGUUCUAAUUAUAUGCUCAACAUUCCCUCACAUCGACCCCUAGUCCUCACCUGCCCAACCUGCGACAGUCUUGCGUGAUCGAUCGUAGGGCUGAUGAUAAGAUUAAGUGAUGAUGAUGAGAAGAAAUGGACGAUGGAGAAGGAUGGAUAGAUGGAAACGAGGUUGCAACUUAUUCGUACUGAACCAUAAUUUAUGUGCAAUGGCGCGUGUGUGUUGUUUUCUUUUGGCAAUUUUGAAUGAACGUGAUUUAUUUAUUGAUAUAUACCCUGAUACUUUUAUCCAAAUUAACCUUUGCAUAUUUUUAAAGAUGUUUUGUGUACUAUAUUUUAUAUUUUUAUGUAUUUUAAAUGAGUUAAGUGCCAAUUAUAUACAGAAUUAACAUAAAUCUAUUUUUAGCGCGUGCUAUACAAUAUUUUCAAUGAAACUAACGAAGAUAACGCAAUGAAUAUGAUACACUAUACAUAUUAUGUAAAUCGAUUGCGUGCGUAAAAACUAUUUUAAAGGCCUAGUCCUAAACAAAUCUAAAUGAAAUAUAAUAUUUUUUAUAACUGCUUCCAAAACAAA